AUUUUCCUCAUAUAUAUAUAUAUAUAUGUAUAUAUAUAUAUGGCUUUUGUGACUCAAUACAUGGGAAAACAAUAGAAAAAUCGUAGGAAAAACUCGCUAGUGACCGUGUCCGGUGUGCUCGCGGGCCACCAUGCCAAUAAAUUUGCGUUCGCGACGGUUUUUCGCUUAAUUAAAUUAUUGUGGUGUUAAAUUUUCUACUAAUGAAUGGCCAACAAACAACAUCGUCCUCCAAUAUGAAUAAUAACAAUAAUAAUAAUAAUUUUAAUAGUCAUUCGACGACGAGACCGCCUUCUGGUAAUGGAAGUCCAGGAGGUUGGUCCUCACCCGUCUCAAGCCCCAUAGGAAGCUCCAAUCGCUCCCCCUCCCUUAAAGACUAUCAGCACAGCUUACCGAAUGUUGUAAGGGUGGUUGUCACCCGUGACAAUGACGGUUAUGGCAUGAAAGUUUCCGGGGAUAAUCCGGUUUAUGUGCAAAGUGUGAAAGAAGGAGGUCCUGCCGAAAAGGCCGGAUUACAUGCAGGAGAUAAAAUAAUCCAUGUGAAUGGGAAAAAUGUAAAACAUUCCACCCAUACGGAGGUGGUGGCCUUAAUUAAGGCUCAGCCCCAAGUGGUACUGACGGUACAACAGAGCAGCUCCCCAUUACGCAUGGCCAGACCCAAUAGUCUUCCAUCAAGUACCAAAAUCACUGCUCCAGUGCCAGUUGAUAAUGCCAAGCAACACCAACUGCAACAAGAAAAGGAGCAAUACUAUCGCCUGAUGAUAGAAAAAGAGCAGCUGCACUUAAACAAAUUACGAUCUGAGGAUGGCUUUAAUGAGAAGAAACGUCUUGAAUUAGCGAAAGCGGAAAAAAACCUGAGAAUCCUUCAGGAUAACUUGUCCGAGGUAAGACACACCCUGUCCCCAAUCAGGAUGCCAGACGAACCUCCCCCACUGCCAAGAAGAAACAAAACAACAACAACCCCAUCGGACAUCAAUUUAUCAUUUUUAUCAAACGAGGUCAAUUCGGGGGUAAGUGCCGGCCAUUAUCACCACCACCACCCCGAUCAACCACCGCCAUUACCACCCCGUCCACCCCACCACACCACCCACGACUUACCAAACUCUUGCGAGAAACAAAUGCUUUUCCCACUAGUGGCCACAUGCACAUCAUUACAUAACGACCCCACCACCAUCGGUAAACACCAAAGGACCAAAUCGAGUCCCGAAUGUUUAAUGGGUCGGGACACGGAGGACGGAUGCGAGAGGUUACCGGCCACUCCCCCUGGAACCCCUCCGCCCCCCUAUCCCAGUCCGGAAGCGGGAAGGAAGUACCAAAGAUUGAUGAUGGGGCCGGGAGGGGGGUCCCACUCUUUUGACAGCAGUUUCGAUCUGGAUGGGAGUCCCAUCGUGUUACGUUCGCCCCAGCAAACGAUCAUCACCAUGGAGGACGACGAUAUUUCCGAUAUGGAGAUCCAGGACGAGGGGGAGGAUCAGGGAUACUUCACCUCCCUGACGAAAUUAUGGGAACACCCUCCUCACUUGGCCGUUUUCAUGAAUUACGUUUUGUCCAACUCGGACCCGAACAGUCUUUUGUUUUACCUCCUCACCGAUUUGUAUAAGGAGGGAAACGCGAAGGAGAUGCGCAAAUGGGCCUUUGAGAUCCAUUCCAGUUUUUUGGUGCCGGGAGCGCCCUUAAAGUUGAAUGACGUCACGGAAGAUACUGUGCGCGAAAUCGACGAUUAUUUAACGAUUGACGUGGAAAAGGAGGAAAUUAUGCGGAAAAUAUUCUGGAAAGCGAGACAAAAGGCGAAAAAGGAGUUGAACAAUCAGUUGGCGGAGUUUCAGCAGAAGAGAAGGGCCGGAUUGGGGACCAUUUAUGGACCCACGGAUCAAGAAUUGAUGGAUCUGUACAACGAUAAACUGAAAGAAACGAAACUUUACGAGACCCUAUUCAUCCCCAAAGUGGAGCCCUACAUGGAGGAAGUGGAAAAAGAAAAUCCGGAUAUCCGGAAAUGUCUGCUCAUAGCCGCCCUGAUCACCGUUCUGAUCCGGAUUUUUAAAAUCCGUCCUCAGAACAUGGACCUGGACCGCGUGCCCACGUUCGUCAACAAGGAACGAUCGUUUAAAGCCCGAUUUAUGGGAAAAUAUUCCAGAAAAUUGAGUCACUUGAGCCACCAUUUUGUGGCCCAACAGUACCACACCGUCAAAUUGUGCAAUUACUGUCACCAAAUCAUUUUAGGAAUCAGUCCACAGGGUUAUCAGUGUUCCGCUUGCAACAUCGAUUUACACCGCGUGUGUGUAAAAAAAUACGACGACUGUUGCCCGGGACCGUUUAAAGCGAAAGAAUCCCGCGGGAUAAUCCGGGGAUUCGUCAAGGGGAUGAGACACGACCAGAGCGAACAGAACCGGAUCAGAAAAGCCUCCCAAUUUAUCCAAAUCGAAAAAGAACGAAGACAAAUGGAGGAGAAGGAGAAUCAUCAGCUGAUGGCGGAAAGCGGGGAAGCCAAAGUGUCCCAACCGGUGUCCAGGACCGGAUCCGAUCGUAGGCCGGACGCCGUCCGCGAGGAGGGCGGCCGGCCGAUCGAAGACCAAAACUCGCCAAAGGGCGGCGGCGACGAGGGGGCGGCAGCUACUCCCGAAACUUCUUCCUCUUUGGACAAAGAACCCUCCGCUAUGCCCCAAGAAAGAGACGCGCGGGGGGGGCACAUAAACCGCUCCGAGAGCGUCAAAGAGCAAUCGGAGAAGAUCAGGAAGCAGCAGAGGCGGAACGUGAGCGAUCCCUCACACGCCCACAACACCACAUACAACGAAGACAAACAAGACUUAUCGAAAAACGAGUCUGGCAGCUCCUCGAACUCCAGCAUUUCCGCCGUCAAUGGGCGGCUGUCGGAGAGUCCCUCCAACAGCAUGGAGGUGCACCAGGCGACCGUGCGAACCCAAUCGGACCUGGAGAGUGACAUGGAGGACGAAACGGACCCCUUGAAUUGGCAGGAACUGGUGCUACCGGAGGAACUGAAGAAACUGAAUCCAAGCGAAACCAAGAGACAAGAAGUGAUCAAUGAAUUAAUUUCCACCGAAUCAAACCACGUGCGCAUGCUGAAAGUCUUGUACAAAUUGUUUUAUAAAACCCUUCAGGAGAGCCACACGUUAAAGCCGGAGGAGUUGACCCUGAUCUUCCCGAACAUCAAGGAGCUGCUGGACAUCCACGUGGAUAUCGACAACGAGAUGAAGCGCAUGAGGGAGAAGGAUCCGCUCAUGAGGCAAAUCGGGGAUGUUCUAUUGAAGAUAUUUUCUGGUGCCCAAGGAGAGCAACUUCAAAGGGCGGCGGCCGCCUUUUGCGAGCGCCAGCAGUUGGCCCUGGAAUUCAUCAAAAAGAGGCGGGAACGAGACGGGAAAUUCGACGCCCUCCUCGCCCAAUGCGAGAAAAAGCGUCAGUGUAAACGUCAACAAUUACAAAGUAUUGUGCCAUACGAGAUGCAACGCCUCACCCGCUACCCUCUUUUGUUCGAGCGAUUAAUCAAGAGCGUGGACGCGGCCUCCCGCGACGAAUACAAGGAGGAGUUGGCCAACUUACGGCUGGUGCACCAGCACUCCAAGGAGAUGCUGAGUUACGUGGACGAGGCCACCAAGUUGGCCAUGAACAAGCAUCGUCUGGAGGAAAUCCAGCGCCAUCUGGACACGUCGAAUUUCCGAUCCAACGAUCAUCCGAUCGUGUACGAUUUCAAGAAUAUCGACCUGACGAAGUACAAGUUGGUGAAGGAGGGAAGUCUGAUGCUCAGGAGGACCAAUAAGGCCCCGGUGCCGGUGCACGUGCUCCUCAUGGAGGAAAUGGUGGUCAUACUGCAGAAGGAGAGUGACAAAUACAUUUUGAAGUUUUUUCAAAGUGUCGCCCCCAUGCCCCUGCUCUCGCCCAUUAUUAAAAUGAACACGCUGCUGGUGAGGGAGAACGCAGUCUGUAAAAAUGCCCUUUUUUUGGUGAAUAUGUCGACGACCAGUAGCCAAAUGUACGACCUGCAGGCGGAAGACGAGGCCAAACGGGAGAGUUGGCGGAAGCACUUUUCGGACGCCGCGGACGCCUAUAAUCGACGGGAGGGCAAAAAGGGGCGGGGAGGCGGAGGGGCGGCGGGCGGCCUCGCGACGCCCUCCGUCUCGGACAGCGACAACGAGUCAGUGCGUAGGGAACCGGAAGAAGAAGAAGAGGAGGCGAAGGAGGCUUCAGCUACAGCCCCACGAGCAACAGAAAAAGAAGAGGAAGAGGAACCAAAAAUGAGUGAGGAACCUCGAGGAGACGACGCUCCAGACGCGAAAAUAACAAUUGCCGGUGGUGGUGGUGGUGAGGAGGAGGAGGAGGAGGGGUGCUACGGAGGGGGCGGGGGUGGCGGUGCCGUGACGACGAUCAUCAGCGCGGACGAUUGGCCCCUGAUCGAGCCGUCGCAGGUGAGCGUCGCGGUGCCCCCGGUGCACACCGCCGAACAGAUGCUCACCCCUUUAGAGCAAAUAAGACGUAAGGACGCCCUGGUCAAGCAGGCUUUGGCCGAGAAAGAGGAUCUGGUGGCGGACAUGUUGGCCAUCCCGCGGGAACACUUCGAGCAUAUCGCGGACAUGGCCUCGGCCAACUCGAUCGCGAAAAACGGCCGAGGAUCGGACAUUACCGAACGGUUAUUGGCCAGCGUGUUUCAGGUGGACAUUCUCCAAAAGGCGGUAAACGAGGCGUACAACAUCUCGGAGGGCGACGUGGUGGCCGCCCGGGCGGGCGUCAAGUCGACCGCCGCCUGUGCCGCCCACGAGGCGCCGCCGCCGCCGCCCCCCGACUCGAAAUCCGUGAUUCCCAGCGUGUCGGCCAGUUUAGUCGCGGACAUCGCCUCCGCGCUCAGUCUACAACUCGCCACGUUACUGAACGAGGUGAAACAAGUGGAGGACGAGCGGGAUCGAUUGAGGAGGGAGUUGCAAAAAGUGAGGGAACAGUUGCACGUGCAGCAUCACCUUCACGAAGGUGAAGAAGAGGAAGCGGGACGGGAGGAGGAGGAGGGGGAAGCGGGGAACGCGGGGUCUGACGAUAGUGCCCAGGAGGUAUUUUGUGAAGCAAUAAACCCUGACGAACCUAAUUAAAGAAGAAGAAGAAGAAUACACACACGUCAUGUUUCAAUAAGAGAAAGAGAGAUAAAUAUAUUUUUGUAUGUUGGUGCAAUAUCGUUGAGUGCCUUUUGUACUUAGACGUGAGGCCUAAAUAACAACCUAAUCCCACCCCCUCCCUAAUUUUGUAUAAUAAUUGUACGAUAAUUAUUAUGUUCGCUUCGAACCCGAUUUACCUGAAUAUAGUAUUGUAUUUAUUGUUUUAGAGAGAGAGAGAGUGAAAGAGAGAGAGAGAGAGAGAGAGAUGAACGGGUCCAGGGUGAGUGCGAGAGAGAAAGAGAUAUAAAAAAGUGCCUUUUUUAUGUAAAUGAAUAACAACAACGCUUUAUUGUGUAAUAAUUUUUAACCGCACGGCAUUUAUUGUGUAGAUUUUUAUUGUCAUGUUAAUUUUUCUUUUCUAUUAUUCAGAUUAGUGGCCUAAUAAUUAUUACUAUUAUUAUUAUUAUUAUUAUUAUUAUUGUUAAUAUUAUUAUUACUAUUAUUAUUAUUGUAUUUAUAUACGAAAGGUAACAGUCCACUUAUUAGAUAAUAAACGUUUUUAAAUUAGA